GCUGCUGUGGACGGCGGGACACUUGCUGUUUUGGCAGAACCAGAGCACGAGGAGAGGAGAAAUCCCGGGUGGACAGACAGAACUAGUAGCCCCGUCUUUCCUACAGCUCCAACAUGGCCUCAAAGUGUCCCAAGUGCGACAAGACGGUGUAUUUCGCUGAGAAGGUGUCAUCGCUUGGGAAGGACUGGCACAAACUGUGCCUCAAAUGUGACCGCUGCAACAAGCUUCUGACCGCAGGAGGCCACGCAGAGCACGAUGGAAGGCCCUACUGCCACAAACCAUGCUAUGCUGCCCUCUUUGGGCCAAAAGGUGUUAACAUUGGAGGAGCAGGUUCUUAUGUGUACGAUGCUCCAGCCAACGACAACACUGGUGGGGAUUCAGCCUCUAAAGUUGAAGAGAAGCGUGUGUACGCGCCAAAGGCGCCAUCAAAAGCUGGCAGCAUUACCACUUUCUCCGGCGAGGCCAACCUUUGUCCCCGAUGCAGCAAGAAGGUGUACUUUGCUGAGAAGGUGACCUCCCUGGGGAAGGACUGGCACCGGCCCUGUCUGCGCUGUGAGAGGUGCAGCAAGACUCUGGCUCCUGGCAGCCACGCAGAGCAUGACGGCCAGCCCUACUGCCACAAACCCUGCUACGCCGUCCUCUUUGGACCCAAAGGCGUCAACACUGGCGGCGUGGGCAGCUACAUCUAUGACAAGGAGCCCAGUGCAGUGACCCAGCCUUGAACCUUUUGUCCCCCCCCCUCAGCCUCACCCUCCUCUUCUCUACAUUACACUGACCAACACCCACAGUAUUAUGUGCUGAAUUUUGUUUUCUCCCCUCCUCUCUAUUCGUUUGUUCAUACCUGAGGCAACUGUCGAUCGGCUGCGACUCCCUUUCCCAGCUCUUCUGCCGUUCCCAGGAUCAGAUAAAGCAGCACGGAGGAAAAUUAACUGAACUCGAAUGCAGAAAGGAGCACAGACACGUCAAAGUACCUCAUAAAAUGCACAUUAAAAGAAAACUCUGACGAAGGAUA